AUGUCUCUGGUCCCACUGUCCCCCGACAGGGAGGUCUACUCUCAGUUCCUCAGAGAGAUGAUCAUCCAGCCGGGCCUAGCCAAAGCCAACAUGGGUCUGUCCAGAGAAGACGUGACGUUGGAGGAUCACCCUCUGAACCCAAACCCAGACAGCCGGUGGAAUACUUACUUCAAAGAUAACGAGAUCUUACUGCAGAUUGACAAAGACGUCAGGCGGUUGUACCCGGACAUGGCAUUCUUCCAGAGACCCACAGACUAUCCCUGCCAGCUCAUCCUGGACCCUCAGAAUGACUACGAGACGCUGCGGAGACGGGUCGAACAAACCACCCUGAAGGCACAGACCGUCAACCGGAACCGCAGCGGGGUCACAAACGUGAGCUCACCUGGGAAGUCCCUGAACCUGUACCCGUCCAACGAGUAUGAGGUUCUGCCCAAUGGCAGCGAAGCUCACUGGGAGGUGGUGGAGCGGAUCCUCUUCAUCUACGCCAAGCUGAACCCGGGCAUCGCCUACGUUCAGGGCAUGAACGAGAUUGUUGGGCCGGUCUAUUACACGUUCGCCACUGACCCCAACAGCCAGUGGAAAGAGCACGCUGAGGCGGACACAUUCUUCUGCUUCACCAACCUGAUGUCGGAGAACCGGGACAACUUCAUCAAGAGUCUGGACGACUCUCAGUGUGGCAUCACCUACAAGAUGGAGAGUGUCUAUGCCAUGCUGAAGGACAAGGACCCCCAGCUCCACCUCAGACUGGAGGAGCAGAACAUCAAGCCUCAGUACUUCACGUUUCGCUGGCUGACCCUGCUGCUGUCCCAGGAAUUCCUCCUGCCAGACGUCAUCCGGAUCUGGGACACCCUGUUCUCCGACAAGGACCGGUUCCACUUCCUGAUCCUGGUCUGCUGCGCCAUGCUUAUACUCAUCCGGGACAACCUGCUGUCAGGAGAUUUCACCGUGAACAUGAGGUUACUGCAGGAUUAUCCGAUCUCAGACGUCCACCUGAUCCUGACCAAAGCCAAAGAUCUGCAAGAGAACUCCUCCUAACCUCAGGUUCUCCUCCUCCUGAUCCGGACGGAGUUCUCCUUGUUUUCCUCCUCCUGACCUGAGGUUAUCCUCUUCUUGACCCAAAGUUCUCCUCCACCUAA